AGCGUUCGAAGCUGCUAGCGGGGCUGCUACGCUCAGCGGCUCCGCCGUCCCGGUGCGCGGAAUGCGUCUCCCCAAGAAAUGCUCGGCCUUCCGCGUGGUGCUGAGCGCUCUGCUGCUGGUGGCGCUGCUGCAGCUCCUCUACUUGUCCUUCCUGUCCAAGCUCCACGGCAAGCAGCAGCGGCACCGCUAUUCGGAGCUCUUCGGAGGCACGGCGCACUCCGAGGAGAGCUCCCGCAAGGAGCGCCUGAGAUACUCUCUGUCCACCGGGGGCAUCUUCGACCACAGCGGGCAGUACCGCGUGUACAAGAACCUGAUUCCGAGCGACUCGACCGGCAAGCCGGGUUCCAACGUUCUCACGUUGGCCACCCACACGAGCAUGAACAACCUGCACCACCUGGAAGGUCUCCUGGAGCGAUGGCGCAGCCCGCUGUCGGCGGCCAUCUUCGCGCACGGCCAGGACGUCGAGUUCGCCACCGCUCUGCUCUACGCGCUGGGCGUCCUGUGCCCGCGCAUGCGGGCCCUGGUGGACUUCCACCUCGUGUGCCUCUCGGGGGAGACGGCCAGCUUCCCCGAACGGGAUCACCGGCACUUCGCCGGCCUGGACGACUGCGCCGCCGUCUUCUCCCGGCUGGAAGCCCACGCGAGCAAAUAUAAGAACUACGCCAUCGGCGCGAACGUGUCGUACCCGAAUAACCUCCUGCGCAACGUGGCGAGAGCGGGCGCCGAGGCCCCGUACGUCCUGGUCGUCGACAUCGACACGGUGCCCGCCGCUGACCUGCACCGGCACUUCCUGGCGAUGGUGGCGAGGCGCCGGCCCGCGGCGGACCGCGUGUUCGUCUUGCCCGCCUUCGAGAUCCGCCACACCAGGAAGAUGCCCGCCACCAAGGCCGAGCUGCUGCAGCUCUACCAGGUGGGCGAGGUGCGACCUUUCUACGAGGAGCUGUGCCCUCGCUGCCAAGCCCGCACCAAUUACUCCCAGUGGCUCAACAGCCGCGUCCGCGACCCCUCCGGCGGCCUGGAGGUGGCCUACACGCUCACCUGGGCGGAUCCCUGGGAGCCCUUCUACAUCGGCCCGCGCGCGGUGCCCCUCUACGACGAAAGCUUCAAGCAGUACGGCUUCAACCGCAUCAGCCAGGCCUGCGAGCUCCACGUGGCCGGGUACAAGUUCUCCGUGCUGAACUCGGCCUUCCUCGUCCACCGUGGCUUCAAGAUCCAGGGCGAAUUCCACACCAGAAAGGACGAGGAGAACCAACACAACAGGCUCCUGUUCCGCAGCUUUAAAGAGGCUCUGAAGACCAAAUAUCCGACUUCAAGCAGGCGAUGCUAAAAAACAAACAAACAAAAAACAUUAGGGGCAGGGGGUAGGGGGGGGGGGGGCAUCCUCUUGGGCUUCCAGCACAUUUCCUUCCUCUUCAUCUCAAGAAGAGUAGGUGGUCGCGAGAUGGCAGCAGUUGCUCCUGAGACCUGGUUGACAACUGAUGGUUGACCUUGUAUGUGCUGUGACAUUUUUAGUGUGUUAUACGGACUCUUUCCAAAAAAUUAGAAUAUCAAGGAAAGGUAUAUUUAUUUCCAUAAUUCCAUUCACAAAGUUAGACUUUCAUAGAUUAUAGAUUCAGGGCCCGCAAUUUGAACUUCUUCAAGUAUUUGUUUGUUUAUGUUGACCUAAUUUGAGUUGCCAGCUCAUAAAACCCACAAAAUCAGGAAUUCAAAAAAUGAGAAUGCUGUGAAGAAAUCACCAUUUACUUCUCAGUUUUUGUAGGGGAAAAAAAAAGAGAGCCAAAAUGAGGGUCACAUUAAAUCGAUCAAAAUAGGGUACUUUCAAAACGACAUGUUAAUGUUCAAUACUUGGUUGGGAGUCCCUUUGCUUGAAUCACUGCCUCCACGCGCCGUGGCAUUGAGGCAUUCAGCCUGUGGCAUUGCCCGGGAGUUAUGGAAGCCCGGAUUUCCUUGAUACUUGCUGUCAGUUCUUCUUUGUUUUGGGGUCUGGUGCCCCUCAUUUUCCUCUUGAUCAUACCCCAUAGAUUCUCAAUGGGGUUUAGAUCCAGCAAGUUGGCUGGCAAGUCAAGGACUGUGAUGGCAUGGGCAUCAAACCAGGUUUUGGUGCUUUUGGCGGUAUGGGCAGGGGCCAGGUCCUGCUGGAAGAUGAAAUCUGCAUCUCAAUACAGCAGAAGGAAUCAUGAAGUCCUCUGAAACAUUCUAUUAGACUGUAGUAGUGACCUUGGAUUUAAGAAAGCAGUUUACCAACACCUGCACUGGACAUUGCACGCCAAAAUCAUGACUGACUGUGGAUAUUUCACACCGGACCUCAAGGAGCUUGGGUUCUGUUCUUCACCCGUCGUCCCCCAAACCAUUGAACCUUGAUUCUCGAAUGAAAGGCACACUUUACUUUCAUUGACAAAGAGGAGCUUGGAACACUGGCCAACAGUCCAGUCCUUCUACUCCUUGGCCCAGUUGAGACGAUUCCUAAGUUUGGCUCAGGCUCAGAAGAACCGGACAGUUGUGGCCCAUCUCCCAGAUGGGUCUGAAUGUGGUGGUUUUGGAAGCCGUGACUCCCGCCUCAUUCCACUCUUCUGGACCUCUGCUAGAUUCAUGAAUCUUCUCUGUUUGAAAAUCCGCUGAAGCCCACGGUCAUCUCUUUUGCUGGUGCAUCUUCUCCUGCCACAUUUUGUCCUUCCACUAGACUUUCCAUUGAUGUAUUUGGACACAGCCCUCUGCGAACAGCCAGCCUCCUUAGCUAUGAACUUUUGUGGCUUCCCCAUCCUAUGGAGGGUAUCAAUGAUGGUCUUCUGGCCAGUUGUCAAGUCUGCAGUCUUCCCCAUAUUGAACCAACCUGAGACAAUUGAACCAAACUGAAGCAAUUGAAUGACACCUGAGGAAACUUGUGCAAGUGCUUUGAGUUUAGUCGAUGAUUAGUGUGUCGAACUCGUGGGCCACAUUUAUCCCAAUUAGAUCUCAAACAGGGCCAAACCACAACAUAUUCCAAAAUGUCCCCAUUGUUUCGGUGCAAAUAAUUGCCAGUAUUUUUGGAAAAUAUUCACAUUUGAUUCAUGAUUAUCUUGUUGCAAAUUAUAUGAGCAGUUUGAAAUGUUUCACCCCAAAAAUAUUUCAACAGGUGAGGGUGCACCAUUCAGUUGUGCAUCGGUUGUGCAUGUGUACAUAACCAUUUAACUUGUCACAGUGCAUGGGAAAAAAACAGCAACAAAGUUCCAACAAAGCAACCUCUUUUGAAGGGAAUUCAAUGUCUUCAAAUAUUUCUACAGGAGGUAUUUAUUUUCACAGUGUGAACAUGGCGCACACCAUUUUAUAUUGGUGUGCAACUGAAACAAGUGCAUCAAUGUCAUUUAAGUGUUGUCAGUACAGCCGCCAGUGGACAAAAUUAGCAGCAAAAGUUACUUUUAUUGGGAAAAUAGCAAUAAUGAAUGUGUUUUCCAUCCCCGCCGGCCGGAUCGGACCCCGUCCGAUCCAUUUAUGGCCUGCAAAAUUUGGGCCGAAUUCUUCACAGUAUUCACAUUUUUUUUGAAUUUCCUGAUUUCAUGGGUUUUUGUUUUUUGAGCUGGAAGCCCAAAUUAUGUCAAAAUAAGCAAAAUACUUGGAAUUGUUUAAAUUGUUUGCCCUGAAUCUAUAAUCUAUGGAAGUUGAACUUUUUGAAUGCAGGUAUGGAAAUCGGCUUUUCCAUGAUAUUCCAUUUUUUUUGUUUUUUUGGAAAGGGUCUGUAGUAGGGGGGUGCUCCGAUCGCGAUUUUAUGCUGCCGAUUCCGAUACCGAUCAUCGAUGAGUGAGAGCCGCUGAUAAUUGCCGAUAGCGUUCAUACGGAUUAGCUGUCAAUCUUUCAAUUCAUUGAUGGUGAGUGAGAGGUGUUUGCUCGAAGAUCGUUUGUUUGGGUUUGCAUUGCACCUGCGCGGUGCGAUGGGGGAUGAUUAUGGGGGAAAUAAAUAAUCACAAAUAUUCUGAUCGAUAUUGAAAUCACGAUUCAUAAACACGAUUAUUGAUUGAUUUUAAAAGGUAUGUCGUUAAUGACCGAAACUAAACUUUAAAUGUAAUCAUUUAGCAAUGACUGUAUCGUCUGUUGUAUUUGUCGAAAAAAAAUCCUCUCAUUAUUGUGGCAUUCAACGAAUACAAAUAGUUUUUGCGAUGUCGUUUGCCUAAAACAGGAAAAGUUUCGUUUGACUUUAUGUAACAGGAAAGAAAAAAAAAAAAAAGAAAAGCGUCUUUUUAUACGGUCUACGACGACCUGCUGUUCCUGCUAUACGUGCCUUGGCCUCUUGGUGCAAUGCUAAGAAGUAAAACGUUUGUAAAAGAAACUCGUUUUUCAAAGAUUAGGAAGAACAUAUGCCCGUGACUAAUGUUAUAUUAACUGUCUAUAUGUGUUACUUUGGCAUUUGUGUGUGAAUAUUCAAUAUUUGAAGAUCAAAUGCUAACAUCAGCUAGCCCGUCAGCAGGGUUUCCCAUUGACCGCUAGCAUAAGCUAGCGUUUUAUAAAACGUCUUGUAUUUGAAUAUAAAAUGAGCGUCAUUCUUUUUUGUGGUGUGUCAAUAAACCGCUUCAAGUUGCACGCUGAAAUUUGCAUGAAUCGCCCAGCGGUGCCGCGCACGCCCUCUCCAAGCUGCGUCGUACGAGCUGCGGGCGAUCGGCAGGGAAAGGCAUCGAUAGGCGAGCGUCGAAUACGGGUUUCCCGCGGAAAUCGGCCGAUCGUGAUCGGGAUCCCAUCGAUCGGAGCACCGCUGUUGUGUGUGCGUGUAUAUAUAUUUAUUGUGACGUGGCAUACGGCUUGGAAAUCAUCUUAUUAGCAGAGAUUUCAUUGAUUUGAAUUUUGUGUUGUACACUUCUUAACAAAGCAGCUUGGCUGGC